GCCAUUUUGGUUGCCCAGUUUUACUAAACGAUAUAUGGAUCUGGUUGGUGGAAGGUAUCACAAAGUGAUAGCUGGUCAGCUAUUUGGUCACGUGCACAAAGACGACUUCAGACUUCAGACUCUGGAAUCAAACUCUGACUCUGUCUCUAAUGACGCAAGGAAGUCUUUUGCAUUGAUCGCUCCCUCUCUUAGUCCAGAUUACAAGAGUAAUCCAGCCUUCCGUGUGAUGAUAUUAGAUGAACAAUCAAUGUCUCUUUAUGACUACAAUCAAUACUACAUUGACCUCGACUCGACCAAAGUGUCCUCCACUCCUGUGUGGCGGUUGGAUUACACAUUCAGCAAGAAAUACCCCUUGUUUGCAAAUAAGUCUAUAGAUGCUGAUCGAAUCUAUAAACUAACCGAGGCUUUAAUAAAUAACGAGAAUGAUAUGUUCUGGAAAGCUUACGCAUUUUCACGACAAGUUAAUUACUGGCCCGAUUAUUAUCCAAGGGCAGUUCUUUAUUGUUCCAUGAGACUUCUCUGCACAUGA